AUGGCCUCGCCCACCGUAUCAACACCCUCCUCUGCUGGGUCGCCUCCGGCAAUUCUUUUGGCUCCAGCACCACCAACUUUAGCCAUCAAGACUUCAAAUAACAUGACAUCCAUCGCUCCGGCACCCGGUGCUUCCACUCCCUCCAUGAUUACCAAGAAAGAAUGGGUCAUUCCACCCCGCCCAAGACCCGGUCGGAAGCCCGCCACAGACACCCCUCCUACCAAACGCAAGGCUCAAAACCGAGCUGCCCAACGCGCAUUUAGGGAACGACGAGCAGCUCGUGUGGGUGAAUUGGAAGAACAGCUCGAGGAAACUAAGGAGGAGCAACAAAGAAGAGAGGCAGACUUAAGAGCCAAGAUUGUACGACUGGAAGCCGAUGUGGAAAGAUUUAAUGGUGAACUUCAAUCUUGGCGCUUGCGAUGUGAUACCCUCGAUCGUAUCGCCGACUAUGAGAGAAGAGAAAAGGAAGCCGCUCAGUUCGAAUUAUCCUAUCUGAGGAAUGGCUCGCAAACAACUGGUACUGAUGCCGUUCCUCUCCCACCACGACGUCCUCGUCAACCAGAGCAGCAUGUACCCACCCCGCAACCACAAUAUAUUCAAGAUAUUCCACCACCUACACCAGAUCUGGAAGACUAUGCUGGUGUCUGUGGAGGAUGCACAUCAGAAACAGGUUGUGCUUGUGCAGAGAGUGCAUUGGCUGUUGCUACCUCCGGUUGUGGCAAUUGCAGCGUCGAUACACAUUGCGAAUGUCUUGAGGAAACGGUCAGAGCUAUUAACAAUACCAAGCCUUCCAUUGAGUUAAAGAGACCACACUCUCCCCAUGAGGAUUCCUCAGAAAAGCGAGCCCGUCAUUCAACACCAUCAACACCACUUGAAAUUGACUUUACCGCUCAAUUUGCCAGACCUGCUGUCCAACAAACUCAGGCGCCACCGCAACAAGAUAGACGGCCCAUCGAGUCAUGUGGGUUCUGUGAGGAUGGCACUUAUUGCGUUUGUGCUGAAGCUGCUGCCGUUGCUGCAAAUUUCAAUGAUCGUCAUGAGAAUCGACUUGCACCUCUUCUCAAUGAAGUCACCCCUCCGCCUUCAGAUAAUGACGAUGGCAAUAACAUCAAACUUCCUUCCUUACAGCCAAAUCUGAUGCACAUGUCAGUUCCUACACAAGAAUCAACCAAUCCCUGUGCCAAUGGUCCAGGAACUUGUGCCCAAUGUCAGUCAGAUCCAAAGUCGGGACUUUUCUGUCGCUCACUUGCCGCGAUGCGUGCCUCUGAAACAACGGAUUCUUCAGUCCCUGAGGGUUGCUGUGGUGGCAAUGCUGGCGGUGGUGGUUGUUGCAAAUCUCUUCCUAAUGCUGAACCAUCUCAACCCCCUCCAAGUUUAUCCUGCGCCGAUACCUAUAAGACUCUGGCUAGUCACAAGAGUUUCGAUCAAGCAAGUGAUGAGUUGGGUACUUGGCUUGGUAGACUUCAUGCUGUUCCGCCUCAUCAUGCUGGUCGGGCUCCGAUCGAGGUUGAAGCUGCUAGUGUUAUGGGUGUUUUGAAGUUAUUUGACAGAAGAUUCGGUCGAGGUUGA